GCGUGGCCGAGUCAGGGGCGGACCGACCGCCUUCCUCCGGCAGCCCCGUCGCCGCGCUCCUCUCGCCCGCAGAACUUGGCAGAGCGGCGGGCAAUUUCCUCUGCAAACCUCCCCGGGGUCGGCUCGGCGAGCGGCGGCAGCCUGGGCGAGGGUGGCGGCGAAGGGCCAGCAGGACGCGCCCGCGGGGCUGGGAUUCGAACCCUCCUCUGCGCGGCAGACGCCUCGGAGCGCCAGGCGGGCGGAUGGCAGCCUUGCCCGAGCCUCGGAGGGCUGGCUGAGGUUCUUCACCGUUGCUUCUUGAGAGGAUGUUGGAUUUACUGAUGCAUUGGUCCAAUUGCUUGCCAAAGACUGACUGACUAUGAAACGAGAUGGAGAACCAGGCACACAGAGUGUUUAAUCUUGUGCAGAGCUUCCCACUAGUCCUGCUGGAAGCCGAAACCAGAAGCCCUCCAGCUGCUUGACAUCCCUGUGCUGCUUAGCUUGCAAGGAUUGUGGCUUAGAAUAUCCAAAGCUGAAAUUGACAUCUUCCCCAUUCAGGAAGUCGCAUAUGCGGUCUCAACACCUGGAGCACUUCCUUCAAGAUAAUGGGACUGUAGAUCCUCAUCCUGUGAAGGUCCUGCUGAGUCUGUUUGGGGACAAAAGGGAAGGACUGAGCUGCCACCUUCCCAUUCUGCUGGUGUAGUUUAGAAUCCGGGGAAACGUUUGAAAUCAUGGAAGAGGCGGAUGAAAACCACAGUGUUCUCGAGGUGACCAAUAGCAGUCGCAAUGAGAUCAACAGGGGGAUUUGUCAGAUGCUGAUAAAGAUGAUCAACAAGUCUCGAUGGAAGAUACUUGGAGUAUUGGCAAUAUUUUUGGUGAUGGUGGGGUAUAUAAUAUCCCGAGAGGAAAGGUACAUACAGCUUUUUUAUUUCCCUUUGCAAGAUGACAAGAUGACUUGUCCACUGGGGGAGGUGGAAAGGAAAGCUGCACAGCUGAUAGCAAAUUACACACGAGAUCAUCCACUAUUUUUACAGCUAAAGGAUUACUUCUGGGAAAAGACCCCUUCAUUGUAUGAGCUGCCGUAUGGUACUAAAGGAAGCGAAGAUAUUCUCCUCCGUGUUCUGGCCAUCACAAGUUACUCAAUGCCUGAAAGCAUUCAAAGUAUGAAGUGCCGGAGAUGCGCAGUGGUGGGGAAUGGACACCGGCUCAGAAACAGUUCCAUGGGAAACACUAUUAACAAAUACGAUGUCGUGAUCAGAUUGAACAAUGCACCAGUUCAUGGUUAUGAGCAUGACGUGGGCUCCAAGACCACUAUGCGCCUCUUCUACCCAGAGUCAGCCCACUUCAACCCCAAAACGGAUAAUAACCCCAACACCUUGUUGGUGCUGGUGGCGUUCAAGCCUAUGGAUUUCCAGUGGAUGGAAACAAUCCUCCAUGACAAGAAGAGGAUUCGGAAGGGCUUCUGGAAGCAGCCCCCAUUAAUUUGGGAUGCAAAUCCUGAGCAAAUACGAAUUCUCAACCCCUAUUUCAUGGAAAUAACUGCUGCUAAAUUGCUUAAGCUUCCAAUGAAAAAUCUUCGGAAGAUUAAACAGAAACCAACCACUGGGUUAGUGGCCAUCACCUUAGCAUUGCACUUCUGUGACGUGGUACAUAUUGCUGGUUUUGGAUACCCAGAUUCCUCCAACAAGAAGCAGACCAUACACUACUAUGAGCAAAUAACGAUGAAGUCAAUGGUAAGUUCAGAGCACAAUGUCUCCAACGAAGCUCUAGCAAUAAAAAGGAUGCUGGAAACAGGACUCAUCAAGAACCUCACUUACUUCUGAUGGAACAUGGACUGCAACUUCUGAGUUGUCUGCUAGGCCAACCGGAGGCCUACCAUGGCUGGCAGCCUCCCAUCCACAGCUUUCCUUGCCCCUGCCUCUGACAGUGACUGCUGUGAAGAUCUCACAACUUUGCUCAAACGGGGCGGAAGGCUCAGUCAGCAGCUAGGGACAUAAAGGAUCCUGGAAAGAAUGGACAAUGGUACCUGUAGAAUUAGGUGAUCUUGUAAGCAGUAAGAUGAUUCCUUCCACGAAGGGGUGCCACAAUGUCAUGAAAGCCAAAGACUGGCAUAAGAGCAAGACACUGGUCCUCACAAAAUGGAUGCCUCUCAGAGAAUUCUGGAAUCCUUCUUGUGUAUCAAGCCUGGGUGGGAAGGGGGUUGACAGCUGAACUUCCCUCCUGGCCCAAGGUAUGCUUGGCUGGACAAUGGGGAUAGCUAAUUCUCAUUGUGUCACCCUAAGGUGAUUCAGUCAGUGCUCUAAGCAGACAUUACCUACCCUAUCUGCACCCAUCCUUGCAAUCAAUCAGUAUUCAAGAGAACAGCCCAGGCUUUCUCUUGGGCCCCCCCCCCCCCCCCCGUCACUCUCUGUCUCCAACUAAUGGCCCCAAACUAAAAUGGUGACUGUCUCCAUGGGGUGAUAAUCUUGGCAGAUUCCACCAUCUGUGGAGUCCUCCUCUUUUGGACAGUUGUAUGGUUUCCUCUGCAUCGAAAGGAGGCUCUUGGGAGCUGGAGCUCCUGUGGCAUAGAUGUAUCCUUUUGGGACCCCAGGCCAAACUUGACUGUGGGCUCUGGGGCAAUUUGACAGACACUUCUAUGGGAUUUUCCCAUCCCAGGACAUGCUGCUACCUUAAUCACUUUUGCCUUCCCGCUCUGAGGGCCAGUGGUGGCUGUUUACUAGGCUAUUUAAGUUAUAACUGUGUCAGGUUCUUUCAGUGGACCAUCAGAAGCCAACUGCAUGAAGGAUUAUUGGCUGUCGGCCAUCUUGUUUUCUUUCCCCUGAAUCGAGAUGUGAUGAAAUGCACUGGUUCCCCCUGCGGUGGAAGAAUUAGUGAUGUCCAAGAGAAAGCUGUCAGGGAUGGGAGCGGAUGAUGAUGUUGCCCACUCAUUUUUUUCUCUCAACAAUUACUUUUCAAGGAUAUAGCAUACAGGGAGAACACCCUACAGUAUUUUGAUAAUGGUUUUUAUACUAAAAACAAUGAAGUUGAACUGAACAUCUGGGCUUCUGGGCUCUUGGUUGAAAGAGAAUCCUCCUUCUGUGAAGGGUGUAUGCGUGCGUGCGUGCGUGUAUGUGUGUGUGUAUAUAUAUAUAUAUAUAUAUUUCUAUGUGCCCAGCCUAGUAUCCCAAGUCUGUUCUUGGGAAUAACUUUCUAAUUAUAUGCUGUAGGUAUCUUUUCUCUAGCGUGUGGGAGCCAUAUCUCAGCAGAAUUAGGACUCCAAUAAGAAAUGAAAGAAAAAAACUGUCCAGGCCGACACUGAGACUUGAAGAAAGGGGGAAGAAUUAAGGGAUGGGGAAAACCUGUGUGUCCGUUGCGUGGAGAGAAAAAAACAUCGCAUGCGAUUCUUCACAAACAGAAUCAGAACUUGUACAGCACCUUGUCUGCCUUUUCCACUGGGAAGAGGGAUGUUUGGGUUAUUAAAGACGAAGGCUCUUCUCAGGGGGCCUAAGACAUGGGGUGAAUUUCAAAGAAAGCUGCAGCUUCAUGUGGGUUGGUCUGUAGUCCAUACAUUUCAGGAAUGGGCCCUUGUUUGAAGACAUCUGCCUGGCAUGGGAUGGAAGAUCCAUGCUUUGAGAAAAAGAGUCUCUCAAAUAGUUUUUUUUUCUGUGGGAAUAAAUAUUUUUAACUUGGGUGCUGUGUGGUUUCCAGGCUGUAUGGCCGUGUUC